CAGAUGUCGAGAGGAAAACAAAGUUUUUUCUUGAGAGUUUCGCAUGAAUUUUCACAUUUAGUACUCUAGAAAAAUACGCAGAAAUGGCCAGCAACGAUGAUGACAACUUUGGUGCUAAGUUUGAAUUCCAAGAUUUCAUUCAUACGACACCGCAGACAAAUGUCGCAGAAUUGGACGUUGUAACAUCGGUGAAGGAAAAAACCGCAGGCCCAUCGACCAAUAACUAUCAGGAUGGCGCAGGAAGUGCCACGGAAGACCAGAACACAGCUCAGGCCGGCCCUUCUUUCUGGUCGUUUGACUAUUACAAACAAUUCUUUGACGUCAACACAAAACAGAUUUCGGACAGGGUUGUUUACUCCAUGGUACCCCGUUCCGGUCAAAAUUACUUGGAGACCUUCAUUAAACCAAAAGCAGACCUUUACGGCCCGUUUUGGAUUUGCAUAACUUUGGUGUUCACCAUUGCUGUGAGCCGUAACAUGGUUUCCUAUCUGCAGUACGAGGAUAAAAAUUACCACUGGAAGUACCAGUUCCACACAGUCUCGUACGCUGCCACUGCAAUAUUUCUGUACUCGUGGCUGCUGCCCUUGUUAGUCUGGGCCAGCAUGUGGUGGCAGGGUGGCCAGAAUAGGAUCAGCCUUUUGGAAACUCUCUGUGUGUACGGCUACUCUUUGGCCAUUUUCAUUCCAACUUCGGUCCUCUGGGUCAUUCAGGUUGGCUGGCUGCAGUGGAUACUUUUGGGUGUUGCAGUCGGUCUGUCCGGCACUGUGCUGCUCUCCAGCAUUUGGCCGGCUGCCCAAGAUGCCAGCAGAGCACUUGCUUUUCCUCUCACAAUUAUUGUGCUGGGUCUGCAUGUCGUUAUGGCCGUCAGUUUCAUGAUUUUCUUCUUCCACACUACAACCACUAGUGAUUUCUCACCAACUACUGCAACUUCUACUACCACCACGGUGCUUGAGGCUGUCUCGAAAAUUGUCUUAAAUGCAACCAAAACCAAGAACUGAUCUUUCUUUGUAGUUGUUUCUUUGAAAGCAUGCAUUUGGACUUUGUUAUGCUGAGGAUUUUUGUGAUUUAUGUACCGGUAGGAUAAUAAAAUAUGAUGACUUUGAAAGAUGUAAUAACAA